AGAAUGAUAUGCUGUGUCGCUGGAAAGCUCCUUCAAUUGGAAAGCACCCUGGACGGUAGCGUGGCCGCUCUCAGGCUUCUUUCUAAAUAAUAAUAGUAUGGAAACAUAUGGAAAGUGUAAUUAUGAAGAGAAAAUUAUGAAUAAAGAUUUAAAAUUUACAAGAAUUUAUAAUUCUAUUUGUUUAUGCAAAUUAUUCUGCGUUUAAUAUUAUUUCGAUAAAUGGCAUGGGAGAAAAGAUGGACGCUUUAACGUUAGGAUCACAUAGAUUGGUCCAUCUUGAUUUAAAAGGCGCACCACCACGAACUUGUUAUUUCGAAAAGCUUUUCCCAUUAUUGCAAACAUGGGGAGCUACUGGAUUACUGCUGGAAUGGGAGGAUACAUUUCCUUACAAUCGAGAACUCUCUCCAAUAGGAAGUAAUGGACCAAGCAGUUUAGCAAGUGGAUAUACAAUUCAAGAAGCUGGACAUAUCCUGCAAAUAGCAGGUGAUUGUGGUUUGGCAGUUAUUCCAUUGGUACAAACUUUUGGUCAUAUGGAGUUUAUCCUGAAACAUGAUGAAUGGAGAUCAUUACGUGAAAUAGAAGCUUUUCCAAGUUCCAUUUGUCCAUCAAAUCCAAGAACUCUACCAUUGAUCAAGUCAUUAAUACGUCAGAUUGUUAGUUUUCAUCCUGACAUACAAUAUCUACAUAUAGGUUCUGAUGAAGUAUGGCACUUAGGUCUUUGUUCAGUGUGUACUAAACGAGCCGCAGCCAGUAAAUAUGGCAAAUCUUCAUUGUAUUUGGAACAUAUUUUGGCAAUAGCCCAAUACAUUCAGGAAACUUAUCCAUAUUUAAAGAUUAUUAUUUGGGAUGACAUGUUGAGAUCAAUAGACUUACAGGUUUUAAAUGAACAUUAUAUUGGAAAAUAUGUAGAACCCAUGGUAUGGCAUUACAAUCCCAGGGACAAUUUUUUGUUGCCUAAUGGAUUGUGGGAUAAAUAUAGUGCAGUCUUUCCCAAUAUCUGGAUAGCAACUGCAUUCAAAGGAGCCACUGGUUCCACACAACAUGUACCUGUAAUUCGACAUCAUAUAAGUAAUCAUGAAAAAUGGCUAGAAGAAUUAGGAGUUCAUGUGAAUAAGAUACAUGAAUUUCGAGGUACAGCAUUUACUGGCUGGUCAAGAUAUGAUCAUUAUGCUACAAUGUGCGAAUUGUUGCCUACAGCUAUACCAUCAUUAGCUUUAUGUCUAAAGGUUUGGCUCUAUGGUUAUUCAGAAGAGACACAUGCACAAGUUGCAAAGAGCUUAGGAUUUAUUGAUCAUCCAUUGCAUAUAAUACCACAACCUAGACCAAUCCCAAUACCUAAUAAUUUGUUUUUUCCUGGAUGGCAAAUAGCUGUAGGAAUGGAGUGGUUUCUUAAUUACAAAACGAAAUUUCAUAAUAUUGUUGCCAGCGAUCAAAUUAUGACGUGGAUGAAUCCAUGGCAAGUGGCAAAUAAUUACACAAAUCCCAUGCAAUUGGAGAAUUUGAUACCUACUUUUACAGAAUUAUUAUUAGAAUUGUCUUCAUUGGAGGGUUAUUUACGAGUUCAAAUGGAAGCGAUUUUCUUCUCAUCAAUGAUUGAAGAAUGGUUAGGCACCAAUAUUCAGCCGCUAAAAGCAAAAUUAAUAGAACUGAAACAGACAACAGAGCAUCAACUAAAAAUAAAUAAUCGUGUAUAGUAUUUUUUUCACUUGAAUAUCAGUACUAAAUUUCGGAUAUAUCAUCCUUGAAAAGCAAUCGUCAAAAGUUCUAUUAAAGAGAUAAAUGAUAAUUAAUCAGUUCACUAGUACACCCGAAAUCAACGUUUUAUGCCAAAACUGGUGAGAGCAAAUAAAUUCGUAUUUUACAUAAAAGUUUAUCUAUAAGGGAUCUAUAAUCUUUUUUGCGUCGCUGGUGAUGAAUCAAGGGUCGAAAUUUCAAAAUUCAAAUUCAUUUUGGCGAAUCCAAUAUGGCGGAUUAAUUUUGUUAUUUCAUUAUGGAGAAGAUCAAAUUCGACAUGUUCGCGUUUCUCGAGUCUUUUAUGAUGAAUUUGUAGACAAAAUUGCAAAAUUUAAACUGGCAGAUCCAAUAUAGCGGUUUAUAGUUAUAGUAGCGGAUUAACUUUAAUAUUCCAUUAUGGAAAUAUAUCGCUCGGUCGCUUUUCGGUCACAAAUAACGGAUUAGUUCAAGAUAUUCCAACUUUGUUCACGUACGCACGCACGCAUUUUGAGUACAUACUCAAGACUGGUAUAAUAUCUUUUGAAUCGUUCAUACGAAUCUAACGUCAAGUUUUCAAAAAAAAUCCAUUUUGAAUUUUAAAAUUUCGAUUCCAAAUUUGUCAUCAACGACCCGAAAAAUGUGGGUGUAUUAAGUUUCAUGCAAAUCCGUUGAAAAUUGGCAAAGUCAUUCAGUGGCCAUAUAUGGGCUAUUACCAGUUGUGGCACAUUUUUUUUUGCUAUAUAUGGGUCAUAACCAGUGAACUGGUCAAUGAUUAGAUGAUUAAUUAUUUUUUGGAUGUAGAGAAUAAUUAUUUUUAUAUAUGGUAAGUUAUUGCAUAUGGAAUGUAAGAUAGUUUACUAUUUUAACAUUUUACUUCUACUACUUUAGCCUAUUUUUAAAGAAAAU